AUGACCUCCCUUUUCUACACUAUUCUCAUUCUCGCUUCUUUCCCAUUGAUAUAUUUCUACUAUGGUGGAUCCGACGACUACUCACAUAACUGUUCAUCUCAGUUCGAGAAUAUGCAAAAUGUACUAGAUGGUAUACUAUCUGGACAAUCGAUGAAAAUCCAUGACCCAACUGAGAAAUUGCAUUUGGCAUGUACUGAAACUAUUGAAUGUUUCGAGAAGAAUAUUGGAGAGGAAUCGGAUCCCGGAUAUCAGGAGUGGUCCAAGUUAUUGGUUGCGAUUAAGGAACACUGUGAUUCGCUUUGCUAUUAUACUGAAAAAUGUUUUAAAUGUAUCUCAAAGUCCCAAACGACACAGUCCCAACUGAAAUCAAACUCAUCGACAUUUCAAAACCAGAUCACUUUCGACAGCAGUGAAUUCACCGAUGAUGGACCACGAGGAUUACGUGAGAAGCACUAUGUGCAAGAAUAA